CGUGUUCCAAUAUGGCGGACGGCGAAGAACUUUUGAUCAUCAAAGGCAACAGAAUAGUUCUUCCUGAUUGCAUUUCUUCUGGAUCCAUCAGCGUGAAGAAUGGAAGAAUCGUUGGUAUAGAAAAAGGACUUCACAGAAAUGAUAGGACCUUAGAAGCCAAGGUGAAAUUUUUUAUCGAAGCUGUAAAAGAAUACUGCUCGAUCCCUAUUUAUUUUAAACGUUGCAACCACUGAGUUUGAAGAAGUGCUAUUUGCGGACACUGUUUUUAAUGUUUCCUAGUAAUGAAGGGACUGUCAUUUCUUUGUGUAAAUAGUUAUCCGAGACACAAAGAUCAAGCGGUUUGUAGAGCAGAGUGUUGUCACUUCUUUCUCUGUUGGUUUAAUUAAAUUUAAAAGAUGCUGAGAGUUGAGAGUUUGUCCAAGUUUAAGGUAAACUUGCAACUCUGGAGGAGAAGGGGAGAGCCUGGGCUUGUAAAAUCCUGCUACUGACCAAGCUAACCAUGUUUUGUUUAGGAUGGGAAGCAGGGGGAGGGGGAGGGGGGUGCAGUGGUUGAGGGAUACUGUUGUAAUAUAGGGGUGUGCAGUGUGCCACCCCAACGAGUAUGAUUUUUGAGUUCUUUUGGUCUGAAAAUGGGUAUAGGUUUUGCCCAUUAUGGUCUGAAAUUGAAUAUAAGUUUUCAAUGGGACUACAAAAUUGUAUGAACAUAUUUUUCUUUUGAACUCUAAGUGCAUGAGAGGAAGAACAGCCAGUUUGUCUAAUACUGCUAAAAGUACUGCAAAUUUUUCUGUCAAAAAUGUGUCCUAUUAUUUGUAGAAAAAAACAUUGUUAUUGGACAAUUUAACAGAAAGAUAAUUAUGGUGAAUUCAAAAUUUUGAUAGCCAAAAUACUGAAGGGGUGCCCCAAAAGGGAAGCGGGAUUCAAAAUCGUAAUUGUGAAGCUUCACAAAUUAAAAAAACACAACGUUUCCUCGAAGUUUUUUUUCCUUUUGAAAGGGUAAAUUCGCAUGAAAGAGCUCAGCUUGCACAACUCUUGCUACUGAUGCCAGGCUUGAAAACCGCUCGCUUCCUGAAUUGUUUUCCUGGAAUUCUAAACAUUCUGCCUUUAGAAGUCAAAAUAUUUAUCAAGGUCUGAAAAUUGGGUUAAAUUACCUUUGUGCAUGAUGGCAUGUCUUGGAUUUAGAGAACCCGCGAUUUUUGGGCCCGGAUCUACAGGUUGUUCAAAAGAUGGAUAGCACUAUCCAUUGGAUACAUUGCUUUAUCCAUUGGAUAAGUCUUGGAUUUAGAGAACUGGCCCCGGUUGUUCAAAAGAUGGAUAGCACUAUCCAUUGGAUACAUUGCUAUCCAUUGGAUAAGUAUUAGGGAAACCAAUUGCGCUAUCCUGUGGAUAGCACCAUCCACCUUUUGAACAACUGGUGCCUGGGCUUCACAGCCAGGGACCAUUCUUAGGAGUGCCCCCGGGAAGGCUAAGCCCCCCGGGCCUUACAAAAGGCCUAAUUGCCCCAUUUAAGGUAAUCCGGAUUUUGGAAUCCGUGAAAUUCUUGCUUGUGGAAUCUGGAAUCCUGGGCUUUGGAAUCUGGAAUUCAGGUCAAGAAAUCAAGAAUCCUACUUACAACUGGAAUCCAGAAUCCCAAUUCCACUUACAAAGACUGGAAUCCAGUACCUGAAAUCUAGAAUCCAUGGCAAGGAAUACAGAAUCCAACACUGUCUUGGAUUCCCUUUUAUGGGGUGAAACUGUAGUUCUAAUCCAUUAUAAUUGAGACUGCUGUACUUGCUAUUGAAAUGGAGUCACCAUGCAGUUUUCUUAUGUGAUUAUCUCUCAGGUGCUAGAUGCAGGAGAUCUUGUUAUCAUGCCAGGUGUUGUUGACAGUCAUGUCCAUGUCAACGAACCUGGUAGAACAGACUGGGAAGGCUUUGCAACUGCUACCCAAGCAGCAGCCGCUGGAGGAAUCACUACCAUUGUAGAUAUGCCUCUGUGAGUCUUUAUAAUCAUAACAAUAAUAAGUUCUUUAUUUACCCUCAGUAGUAUUUAUAAAUCAAAUUCAAGUAGGGCUCACCAGAUGACUGAAACAAAUCAAAACUCAAACAGGGUUAAGAAUCCCAACUGGCUGGAGGCAAACCAAUUGGCUAUUUACAAGUGUGGCUCAGGAGCCGAACUCAGGACUACUGUGAACCAAUGGCGUCCAACAUCAAUAUUCUCCUAACACUAUCCAUACAUUGUUAAGAGAUUAGGUUAUGAGAAUUAAUAAAAUGAUCACCAAAGAGAAAAUACCUUGAUCUUUUACCAAAUUCUCUUAACUCAUUCUCUAAGGAAAUGUAUGAAGACCAGUUUGGAGAAUUUGUAUGUGGAUAUUGGGACUUAAAGGGUUAAAUGUACAGCAAGUGGUCAAAGCUGUGCUUGAACUUGUGGCCUCCAAAUUGUGAGUCCUGGGCUUUAACCCUUUAAGUCCCAAUGGUGACCAACAUCAAUUUUCUCCUAAAGAUAUCCAUACAUUGUCAAGAGAUUAGGUUAUGAGAAUUGAUAAAAUGAUCACCAAAGAGAAAAUGCAUUGAUCUUUUAUGAAAUUCUCUCAACUUAUUCUUUAAGAAAAUGUAUAGAGAUCACUUUGGAGAAUUUGUAUGUGGAUAUUGGCACUUAAAGGGUUAACCCUUUGGCCAUGCUUUCAACCCUUUCAUCACUUGAGUGAAUGAUGGAAUGUCUUAAAGUGGCUAACAACUUUUCAGUCAGAGGAUGAAUUCCUACACUGUGACCUUUCAAAAUCUGAAACCUCUUUGAGGAGUAAAAAAACUUUGAGACUCUGUGAGACAGCAAGACCCGGGUUUCAAAAUUAAAGACCAAGACUUGAGCAUUUUUCAUCAAUUAUUCUGUGCCCGAGAAUUAUUUCUAAAAAUUCUGAGCCUGCAGGUUCUAAGGCCAAAAAUUUCGUGGUAAUGGUACAAAUGAAAGUAAGAAAAAUGACUGGAAAUGCCAAUAGAAGCUAGUAAAACAAACAAAAAAAACAAAGUUAAACUUGUCAAUAUUUUGUAUGGCCCAGUACCUUGGAGUGAAGUAACAGGUCACCAAGGAACAAAGCAACAUGAACCUGUAACUGUAGGAUUGCAUUUGCAUUUUGAUAAAAGGGAGUUAAUCCAUUCACUCCUCGGCAAGUACAAAAUGCAGGUCACAGGUCACAGGUCACAAGUGCAGGUUAGAGUACAGGGUCACCCUGCUGCGGUAAAUACCACUAAAAGAACAAGGAACACUAAAUUGUGUUUCUGACCCCUAAUCGCAAUCCAAGACUGAGUAUUAGCUUAAGGGGAAACUACUUAUCUUGGUUAUCUAUCGAUAGAACAGUGACCUGUGCUCAUGACCUGCGACCUGUGUUUUGUACCUGCCAUUCACUCCUGGACUGAAAAAGGUGGCGAAAUGAUUUGUCACUCUAUGUUAAAACUGUGGAUGAAUUCCAGUGGAAUUACCAUCUUCUUGUGAAAACUGUACCACAGAACUUUUGCUUUAAACUAUUUAUAUUUUGUAACAGUUGACCUGAAAGAAUGUUGUCUUGUCAUUUUGAAGGAAUUCCAUCCCACCUACCACCACACUGGAUGGAUUUUACACUAAACUAAAAAGUGCCAGGAAUAAGUGUUGGACAGAUGUUGCUUUCUGGGGUGGAGUAGUACCUGGAAAUCAGGUGUGUAUCCAUUUUUUGGACCUAGUUAUACCUACCCUUUUUAUGCCCCAAGUACAAGGCAUUUAGGCCAUUAAACUCAUCGGCAAGAUUAGCUUGGGAGCGAGUGCCUUAAAGGUGGAAGGGCCCGUGUAGCGCAAAAGGGGAGCAUUGCCUUGGAGGUAACCAUGGCAACCCUGAGAUAUGCAAUCACAUGUCAGCCCCUGCAGACCAAGAAGCCACCCUGCACAAGCCUGCCUGCCUGCCUGGGGCUCAACCGCUGAACUGCUGGCAUUGUCUUGAGGUGAACCUUGCCUAAUUAAAUUACAAUUUAGCCUCAUUAACUCAAGAGAGGGGUGGUAAGGAUCUGUAAUUUAGAGCAUGGAGUCUUCGAGAAAAUGUCAGGCUGAUAUGAUUUUUAUUGAAUGGCUCUCUUUCUGUCGAACAAAAAAUAGGCAUAUUAAAAAGGAUUUGCCUGGUCUUUAAAAUGUAUAUUUUAUUGGGACAAACAAAAAGGGCAGUUGACCACAUUUUGUUGGAGUUUUUUGUGGAACUAUAUUGCACUAGUAUGUGGGCUGAAUUUAAGAAUAAGAAAAGAUCUUACUUGUCAGAACAGUAAGUCAAGGACCAAAAAUUAAGCAAUGACAGAGUCAGAAAUGGCUUUUAUAGCUAUGUAAUGAAUAAAAAAAAGUUAUGUGUACUUUUUGUUGGUAAAUAAACUGACAGUUUUUGUUGGUUUUCUUCUCCUCCUUUAGGCUGAAAUCAAACCCAUGGUGAAUGCCGGAAUCAAGGGUUUCAAAUGCUUCCUAAUACACAGUGGAGUUGAUGAAUUCCCUUGUGUUGCAGGGAAUGAUGUCAGACUGGCAAUGAAACAAAUGCAGGGAACAGAUGCUGUGUUUCUGGUAUGUAGUCUAGCUAGUAACAAAGUGGGCAUUUGGCAAGGGGUUUGGGAGAUGACUGCCAUUUGAUGGGAGCCAGGAAACGAGUUGCAAAAAUUGGAAUGAAAGCUGUUAUGUUGCCAUAGUGCUAAUUUUAGGCCAUGUAUUAGGUUAAAACUCUUCAGUGUGGGUUCUGAUAGUCUCGUGGUUAACCUACCAAUCAUUGGAUCCAGUAGGUUCAGUUUUUAGCCUAACCAUUGGGUUAUUUUGAGAGUCUGUGCCAGAGGCAAGAGAUUUGCUUCACUGUGUCUCUCUGCACAGAGGUGUGUAAAUGGGUACCCCUCCCCCAGGGGCAGGUGUAUAAAUGGGUAUCCCUCUCCCAGGGGCAGUUUUUUUUAAUAUCUGUCCCUCCCCUGGGGGAGCUGUGAUACUUCUUGGUGCUUCUUACUGCAGACAACAAAAUAGUCCAGGAGCGUAGCUACCUUUACCCAUGUAGUGUACGCAUGUGCUUAACUGAAAAAAUGUUAAAGGAAAAUAAAGACAAAACAACAUGUAGGUCAUGGUAGGAGGAAGCACAGUGAAGAACGUUGAUUGGCAAACUAAAUGCUGGUGCUAGUAUUGACAGAAGAUUGGAAAUUAGGGGACCAAGUAGAAAGAGCAAAUGCAUAGAGCGGCAUUUUGCGCGGAGCCUUCGACGUAUUUUACCUUUCAACAAGUAUCGUACCUUUACCUUUACCUCUAACAAAACAUGUAUCACAAUCCCCUUAAAAACAUAAACUAACUCGUCUUAAUUUAUUAUUCCAACUUAGUUUCAUGCUGAAGUUGAGCUGCCUGCAGAGGCAGAGAGCACCAGCAAAGGUAGGCAAAGCCUAGACAUUUAUUUUUGAAAGGUCAUUAUUUAUAUUUCUAAAUAUUGUAAUUUUAUGUACUGUAAUAAUAGACGUAGGUUUAGUGAUUGUUUUUGACUCAUGUCAUGUUCCGGCUGUGUACUUAACAGACCCUGCUAAAUACAAUACAUUCCUACAGUCACGGCCUGAAGCCAUGGAAAACCAAGCGAUUGAACUGGUGAUUAAACUAUGUACAGAAUAUAGGUCAGUUUUUUAAUUGAUUGCAAGUACUCCUUUUUAUAUAAUAAUGAUAUAUAGAACAAAUCUACCUGUCCAUGCGUUAAUUCAAACCACUAUGGUACCAGAGGCCCAAAACGUAAAUUGUUCAACAUGUAAGACCGUUUUCAUUUCUAGCCUUUCUUCAUUGUGGGAUAUUUGCACGCUUUAUGGUGAAUAAUGGAGCUCUGCUAUUGGUGGGAACAUAGUAAUAUGAAAAAUAAUGUAAUAGAAUAGUUGAAUGAAUUUGCGUUCAUUGAUUUCAGGGGUCAAUAUGUAGAUUGCCGAACCGAAAGAUAAAUUUAUUCUUGUUUUACCGCGCUACCUUGUUACUAAACUUAAGAUAUCGAAAAGAGCGUGCAUAAGAAUUUUUAAACCUUUAUGUGUUUGCUGUACAUGGAUAAUGUUAAAAACUUAUUUUAUGAACUAUCAUCGUGGUGCUAGAGGCCCGGCCAAUUAGCAUACGGCCCGCUAGGUGCAGCACGUGGCUCUUUCUGUUUUUAAGUGGUCAAAUUUCUCGCCGUGCUGAAUUUUAUGAAACUGACAACGCAAUGUAACAUUGGGAGCUAUGGCGUUUUUGAGCAACGCUUGUCAACAACAAGUGGACCUUAUGGAUUCUUGAGCUAUGGUUUUGCCCAAAUUCACCGGCAAAUUGUCUCCGAUAGAAAAAGACACUACGCAAUACAAAUUUGACAGGCGAUCACGUGCACAGAUCGUAUUUGAUCAGAUAUGGCUUUGGCUUCGUCAACAAGAGAUCUGGGUUCGAGAUAUCUUAAGCUUCCUAAUGAAAACGCAAAAGCGCGCAGAAAUGACUGAACUCCACUUCCAUUCUCUGUUCUCUGCCUUCCGUGAAGCUCGCUGUUAGAUCUGCGCGCGCCGUCGUGAAAGCCGUCGCGUUUUUAUUUCUAAAUCUGCGUGUUAUUUUCUUUUAGGGUUCCUUGUCAUAUUGUGCACCUUUCCUCAGCAAGCGCCUUGCCCAUGAUCAGGAAGGCGAGAAAGGAAGGAGUCCCUCUCACCAUAGAAACCACGCACCACUAUCUGUCGCUCCUAGCUGAGGAUGUCCCUGAUGGUGCCACUCAGUUCAAAUGCUGUCCGCCAGUCAGAGAUGCUGCAAACCAAGUACGCUCAAUUGUUUAACCCUUUAAGUCCCAAGAUCCAAAUACAAAUUCUCCAGACUUAUCUCCGUACAUUUCUUUUAAGAACAGUUAAGAGAAUUUGGCUUAAGAUCAAAGCAUUCUUCCUCUGGUAAUCAGUUUAAUAAUUCUCAUAACCUUUACUCUUGAUGAUCUGAUGUUGUUGUUAGUGCCACGUGCCACGCCCAUUCAACGACAGCAUCGAAAAUAAUGUCGUUUCAAACGCGACCAAAAGAGUCCCAUGAAUUGUGACAAGACGCCGAAAGGGCUUUUUCAGUCCUCAGGCAAUAGACUCUUCCACUGUUUUUUCAAGUUUCGAUAAAAACCAUUUACCGAUAUCCCGGCCUUAACACUGUUGAAAAGAGCACCUUAAAUUUAAGAAACUUACCAAGUUUAAAGCUGAGACCUGUAAGCGAGCAUACCAUACGAGCAGAAGUUUCUCAGUCUUGCAUGGCUUUUAGCGUUUACCAAUCGUUAAACCAACUACGCGGCAGACAAGCUUCAUAAACGCUCAAAGUUAUGCAAGAAAGAAUCCUAUGUUCGCAGGGAAAAGCGAGCAAAGAUAUUGCUCCCCAAAGUCGCGAAAUUUUUACCGACGUUUGUUGGCGGAAGGACAGACCAGUGGCCAACAUUUGUUCGUGCCAUAAAAACGUCUGUAAAUUUCGGCGCGGCUAUAUCUUCUUUAGUUUUCAACAAAUCACUUUCAAACUUGGCAUCUCUACUAAUUUUAAUGCGUUCUUUUUAGCCGUGUUGAUGGCUUUACGCUAAGUGAUCGCAGUCAAAAAUUGUAAAAAGAAACGUGGAAAGGGUCUGUUAAAUUAGCAAUUGCAUUUUUUUUUUUUUUUCUUCUUGUAAUGAUAUUUUUGCAUUUUCCCCUCCGCAACAGGAGGCUUUGUGGGAAGCUCUGAAGUCACGUGACAUUGACCUUGUAAUCUCGGACCAUUCCCCUUGCACUGUGGAUUUGAAGCUGUUGGACCGAGGAGAUUUUAUGGCGGCCUGGGGAGGAAUCGCUGGAGUACAAUAUGGUAGUUGAUUUAACAUGAGUGGCUACAAGCUACUGAGCAAAGAAAGGCAAUGUGCAUGUUUAGUAUAUCAUAGAUGAGAAAGACAGCCGACACGGAAGAAAUAAUCUGAGUGCUCCCAAUAGAGAGUCGACCAGCAAGCUACAGGUGACUCGUGUGAGCUAAGGCCACUGAACUACAAUCCUCGUCACAUUAAGUUGGGACACCCCGUGCUGUACCCAUAUUCCGACAAAAAGUUGUGCUCGUUCCCUCCCAGUAUUGAUUUUGCUUCUUCUGACAUGCCAACUCGCAAAAACCAACAUUGAGAGGGCAGAAAAUUCCACAACUGCCCCAACUAAAGUGACGAGUAUUGUGGGUUCAUGUGACAAACAUCUUACACACUGCUAGGACUAGCGUGUCGAUAUGUGCAAUGAUAGAACAGAAAUGUGAUUGUGAAUUUUAAGCCUGGUUAAUACAUGACAAAGAUGUAUUUUUAGUCAGUGACACAGGCGGGCGGCUCGGAAGAAACCUACCAAGCGUGGGACUGGGAAAAAGAAGAAGCGAACUAAACGAUGCUGCCCUCUUUUGGUUCUGCUCAUCAUUCCCCUUGCGUACACUUACGUUUUUAUAGCCCUAAAAAACUUUGCUCUUAACACCAAUCCUUGGGCUACUUCUUUUUUUGCUAAGAAAACUGGAGACUAUAGUAAGCAUCAAAACAAUUUCUUAAAUAUUCACCGACAAUUUUUUAAGUCCUGCGUUGUUUUCCCUAGGUUUAUCAAUAUUUUGGAGUCAGGCCAGCACGCGAGGGUUCUCUCUACAUGAUGUGGUUCGUUUGAUGUCUGAAGAGCCUGCCAAGCUGAGCCGCUUGAGUCAUCGUAAAGGAAAGAUCGCGGUGGGCAUGGAUGCUGACUUUGUUCUUUGGGAUCCCGAAGAAGCAGUUGUGGUAAAGGCGAAAUUUUUAAGUUUUCCUAUUUUUGAAUUAUGUUAACGUCUCUGUAAGUCCGUAAAGGUGAUUUUACACGGGACGAUUCGCAACCACGAUUUUUAGCGCAGCACAGCGUUGCAAUUUUGGAACCAUGUUGUAACUAUUCAAAACAAUGUGGCAACAAUGUCGCGCAAUAAAUCGUUGUUGCGAAUCGUUGUCGGGUAACAUUUCUAUUGUUCUCUCUUCAGCCGAAGGUACCGGGUUUGAUACCCGCUAUCGCCCCCCCUUUCCUCUACGAAUCCAUAGAUUCCUUUCCCCCCCUUUUUAAAGCCCAACAAUUUAAUAUUAAAAAAGUCCAUUAAUCAUUUCGAAAAUUAUUCGAUUACAAGCAAUAAAUUUGCAAGAAUUUAGUAAGUUACAGUCGAGAUCCGCGUUCGAUAGAUACUCGAUGACUUUUCAACCUUGCGUACACAGAGUGAAACAAACUUGUUACUGGGCUGUCUUUGGCAGACCCUGUCAUACUUUCGGUUUUCGGUCGUCUACGUAGAAAAACGAACACCCGGGGGACGGAAGACACGACGUCUAGGACUGAGAAAGGAUGUUCUCACAACUUGUUUGGAAUUAAAAGAACUAGUGGAACCCAGCUUUACUGAAAGUUUUUUACUUUAACCUCAGAUGGAGAGGUACUGGUUUCGAUACCCGUCAUCGCACAUAUUUUCUUCGACGAAUUUAACAGAUACUUUUUUCUUUUUUAUGGUUACUUGAGUAAAGAAUAUUCAUAGCCAGUAAGCACAUGUCCUCUGAGGGGACCAUUUUUCUCACCGCUAGGGGCUUAGCGGUGAGGAUCGAUAAGAGACGGCUGUAUUCGCAGGUUACUCAUCCCCUACCUGCUUGCACUUCUCAACUGAUACACGCGUCCAGAUCGCUUGACGCGCGCGUUCAGUUCGUGCAACACAGUCACCAGGUACGCGUGUUCAUCAAACCAAAAAACGAACAGAUUUACGCUGGCUCUUUUUUGUCUCUUUAGUUAUGUUUUGGUUGUAUUGGUUGUAUCUAAAGCUUUCAUUUUCAUUUCAGAUUGACCAGAAAAUAACUCGUCAUAAAAACAAGGUAUUUUAUAUCUUUUUAUAUUUUAUAUUUUUUGUCUAUUUAGUUUUAAGUGUAAAAAAACUCUGCAGCGAGAUGUUAGUUUUAGGGGUCGAGAUACCAGAAAUGUAGUCCACGUAUUCCUUCAUCCCGCACUCGCUCCUUUUUCACUAAAAUCCCGCAUCCCGUUAUUUUUUCGUCGCUUUCCCGAAUUCCUCUUCUGUUUCCAAAUACUGCAAUAAAAAAGAAAGAAAAACUAACAAGUACGCGUUUUAUCUCGUCGUUCCGAAACAUUUUUUAUUCCGCUUAUAUCACCCCCCAAUAUAAGCCCCCCCCGUUUAUAAGCCCACCCAACACCCCUUAUGAAGUUAUAUAAGCCCAGGGCUUUAAUGUGGGAUUUUAUAGUAUUGCGUUUUCCCGAAUCUCUCACUGUACUUUGGUCAAAUCCCGGAUCCCAAAAAUACCCUUCCAGCCCCGGGGGAUCAGAGCUCCAAACUGAUCCGGGAUUGGGUUAAUAUUUGUUGGGUACGUGUCGCUGGCCUCUGAGAGCCUCUACCCCAUUAUAGUCUAUUCUGUGGCCAAAUAUAGACCCGAUCUUAGUCACUUUUGGGAAAAUGUAAUUUUGGCGAUCCCAACUUAGUAACUUUCUGUUUAUGCAUCUAAUUAAUAAGGUCUUUCAACUUGCAUGGGUCAUCUUGAAAUGAAUUGACUCAUUGGUUAAACUUAAUAAAGUAAGAAUCUUUCCAUUUUUAAAUCCCUACCUCCCUGAAUUUUCUGAUCCCCCAAUCCCGAAAAUGUGCGAUCCCGUUCAUUAUAGUCAAUCCAGCCGUGAAAAGGUGACCCCAUCCAGCGGCACAUCCCCAUUAGCCUAUUACUAGGAAGUACCCCCCUACCCAGGAAACAGAUGGACCAGUUGACUUGAAAAAUUGUUUAUCAAGUGGUUAGCAUUUUAUUUCCCGUCUUGUUUCUCAGGUAACUCCAUACCACAACAUGAAAUUACGGGGAGUCGUCCACAAGACCAUACUACGAGGAAACGUAGUUUAUGAACGGGACAGAGUCUGCGAUCAUCCCGCGGGACAACUGCUUCUUGAAACGGAACAUGGAAGUGCAACGUCGAAAAUUUAGAUAACAGUGAAUGAGUUUUGAUAAAGUUUUAAGAGUGAAUUCGAGUGUGGUUGGGUUACUUUCUGUAGUGACUAUGAGUCUGUCUUCGCGUUUCCGUGAUUUUUCGAGAUAUGGUCAUAAUUUGUCUAGCAAACUGGU